CUGUCUUACACCACCACACUGGUCCGCAGACUCAUACGCACAACAUGAUGGACACUCUCCUGCUCACUGCCUGCCUGCAAUCGCUCCCCGGCCCCCGUAGUCAGAAAAGGCCUUGCCCUGAGGAACGGCCUUGUGAAAAGGCUGCAUAUGCGCAUACAGACACAGGAGCAUUGGAAAAGCAACACAUGUCUCUCGUUGUGUCCUCCCUGACUCACAGCUCGGAUCUUGGGCAGAUGGGAGUAGUCUUCCCGGAAUUGAAUGGGGCUGAUGGACGAAAGAUGGACGAAAGAAAAACAAGAAAGUUGAUGCAAGCUUGGUUUCGUCCCUCAAAUGCGUAUUUUUACGGUCUUGUUCCUCCUGCGGCUGCCAGCACACUGCAGAGAAAGAAACAGGUGGACAGACACAUGCUGCGUUUCUCUCUCCCUCACCUGAUGGGCGGGGGGUUCUCUGUGGGCUUCCGCACCACAAACUCAUCAGCACUCACUGCGAAAGGCAGCACGCCACACGCGCAUACGUGGCUGGCUGCAUAUGUGUCCCUCCUUCUCUCAGCCCAUCCACCCACCCACCCAGGCUCACCUCUCAUCUGUUUGUCGAUCCUGUACUCGAGCUUCGACUCGUCCUCAGGCCGCUCGUACGGACUGCUCUGCAUUCCGCAUAUAGAAAAGGAACACAUGGAGGAAUCGCUUUCUCUCGUUUUCUCUCGUGCUGCCUUGCCGACCGCCUGUAAUGUCUGGUUGUUCUCAGCUGCCCGGCUGACCCUCUCCUGCACCAUCUCUGCUGCCUGACGGAUCGAUCCCCCGGGGACACACAGAUAUGCCUCUCUCUCUCUCUCUCUGUCUGCGUUUGUCUGCGCGAAGAGGGCUCACCCUGAAUGGCCCAGGGACAGGACUGAGCCUGCCCUGUGACGCCGUUGUUGACACGAGCGGGCGUGCGGCUGGUGGGAGGGGGGCGGGGGCGGGGGGCACCGAUGCGGCCUUGGACUUGAGCGUUGUCGCAGACGCCUGCAUGCAUGGACGAAUGAUGUGUACGGAGAUCGACCAUGGGGAUGGGUGUCCUUCUGCGACGUACCUGUGUGUCCUGCAUCUCAUGUCUCCUCUGCGCCUCCAUCUUCCGGCGCGCAGCCGGGCUCUGACGCACAGCACGGCGCAGUUUCACCUGAAUGAAGGAAACGAAGCCAUGCAUGAAGGCCACCUCCACACACACACACACAGCCCAUAGGUGCCUCCUUCCGCCUUUGUGGUCACCUUGCAUGUGUUGCGCAGGAUCUGCUCCACUGGCGCGCCGAAGCUCUUGGGCACGUCAGUGGCAUAUGGGGGAUUGAACACACCUGAUAAGACACGUAGACAUCGGCAAGUAUCGGUCCGCGCCUGGCGGUCUACCAGGGCAGCUUUCGGUCGACACAAGGUGGUGCAGCUGCGAGGCGACCUUCAGGAAAUGCAGCCGAGUCGCCUCGGCAUCACGAUGCUGAUGCACACGCAGACACGCAGGUCCCUAACGAAUGUCUCUUUCCCUCCCUCUCUCCCCUUGCACACGUCCACGUACCUCUUUCAGCUGCAUCUCCCUCAGGCCGUACUCAAUCAGCGUCUCGCGCACCUUCUCCCCCUGCACACACGCAUCUGCGUCGAAAGGCAUCGACGGACAAGGGGGCCCGUCACGUCCACCUCUUGUGCCAAUGAGUUGAGGUAGCUCUUGCGCCCACGGAAAUCUGAGAGAUACUUACGGCUCCAGAAACCGCGAAAACUGACAGAAGUCGAGAGAGAGAGAAGGUCAUCCAUCAGCCCGGGAAUGCUUUCUUCUCGAUGAUUGGGGCCCACUAUCUCUGAAUGACUGUGGCGACAUGGUCGAAGAACGCCCGAAUCCUCGCUCGGUGCCGAUCUUCCUCCUUUGUCCGGGCAGCGCGACGGCCGACAGAGCCGCGGAAACACCGCUGGAUGAGGUGAAUGGCCCUCCUGAGCGAGAGAAAAGCAGAUUGUGUGCGUGAAAGGGGGCCGUUGACUGUGUUGCGUACAGGUGUGUUUGGUAGUCCUGGUAAGCGACUGUUCUCCGCCAUGCUGCCUGUAUCUGUGUUGCCCUCUUGAGCUCUUCGAAACGGCUGUCGUCGGCCGCUCUGCACAGACACAGACAGACAGACAGACACACACAGUCAGCAGUGAGGACUCGAGGACUCACUGCCACUGGGUGUUCUGUACGUUCCCUACUGCAAGAGUGCAAAGUACUCUUUGAUGACCUCCCUCCCCCGUGCUCGGAUCUCAGCAAACGUCGCCAUUUCCUCUCCGGAACUUCUCGAAGGCCCCACAAAACCCCCAGUCUCCAUGCGCAU